AUGAUCUCUGGCAGUCAAAACGGGUCGUCCUAUUGUCAUCCAUCAUCGACAACCAUUGGAACUGAUGAUCAGCUGCAAAUUGAUGACAAUCCUUCAGUAGCUGGUGAAGCAUCGUUAGAAAAAAACAGUUUCAAAAACAAAAGCGAGAACAAGAACAAGUCAAUUAAACUGACGUCUCAGGAUGAAGAUGACCGUCAAAAAAUGAUGUUUUUGGUGUCACACUUUUCUAAAGAACAACUUGAACGUUAUGAAGUGUUUCGUCGUUCUAAAUUUUCAAAAAAUUUAAUUCGUAAGGUGAUUAAGGACACUCUAAACCUGACAAUCAGUGAACGCUUUGCAGUGGCUUUGGCCGGCAUUGCCAAGGUCUAUGUUGGCCAGAUUGUUGAAGCAGGUUUAGAUUUCAUGGAAGAAAAGAACGAAACUGGCCCUUUAAAACCUAAGCACAUUCGGGAGGCAGAGCGACGCAUUAAGCGGCUGACAGACUAUGCCCUGAAAUAUCCAUUCUGA